ACCAAAAACUUACUAAUGCUCCCAGAAAUGUUUAUGCUCACUCCAGUUUGCUACCCAACCCUUCCCCGUUAUAGACAGUGAGAGUGCUCUGUUUUCCGCUUGAUACAUCAAUAGGGAGUGUGUGCUACCUCGAACGUAAAGCACUCUCGAUCUUCUGCGCACGCGCAGAAGUUUCACGCCUCUUAUAGUACGAUUUAUUUUAUCGUAGACUUAUAUCAGCUGUUUCAGCCGCUAUGGUGUUGUCACUGGGGACGUUCAAACUUCCUAUUGAAUAAAACCGUCACAAGCUGAUAUACGUCAAGUGUAUAGUUAAAUAAUGUCUUGUGUAAGUGCACCUGCGGUGAAAUAGUGUAAGAUUGUUUCAGAGUUAUUUUGUGAUUAUACAAAUAUAUAAGGAAUAAACUGACUACGAACGACUUGUGUCUUGUAUAUAUGUGGACUUGGAGGAAUUCAAGAUGACUGAUUCGAGGAAACAGACAGAUCCAGCAAUGCUUGAAGAAAUUAAAAAUAUUAAAAAACAUAUAUCUGAGAAUAACAUGACAGAUAAAUUAAAAGAAGCCUUUGAGAAGACACUGAAACCAUUGGAUAAAUAUAGUAACACAAUGGAAAAAUUACAGCAACUAUUUGAUGACUCUGGAACCCAAUCUUAUGAAGAUGCAUUUAGAGCUCUAGGAGGUCCACAAUUUGCUGAAGAAAAUAAAAAUGAAAAUCUUGAUGAGAUAUUGAAGAAACUUGCAAGAUUACAUGCUGAUAAUUUAAAUGCUGAAGUUAAAGAAGAAUUACUGAAAGUGUUUUGCAAAGUAUAUGAUCACAGACCUGAGCAGCGAAAGUAGAAAGAUAACCCAGAAACAAGAUGUUCUCUUUUUUACUGAAUUGUAAUGAAAUCAAGUUGGUGUUUGAACUAUUGUAUAUAAUUGUUUUUAAAUCAGUAGGUUUAAUUAAAUUGGUUACAAAACAGUACGGAAAA